AUGGUAAUGGAAUUGAGAAGAUCUGGUAGAGUUACUGCUGGGAAGAGAACGUUUGAUGAGGACACUGAUAAUCAUGUAGAAAAAAGGAAAAAAAUCGCUACUCAGAAAGCCAAAAAAUCACCUUCAAAGAAAUUACUAGUAUCUGAAAAGAAAGUGAUAAAGAAUGCUGGGUCUAUUAAUGGAAGGGAAACGAAGAAGGAAACUAAACCCAGAUCUGUUGUUGAAGAUAAAGUUGAUGGAAUUGAACACGAAGAAGUGAAAAAGGUGAAAUUUGAUGAACAACAAGUAUCUGACAAAUCGGCAAAUAACGAUUCAAUUAUAGAAUUGGAAAUUGGUGAUGAUAUCCCAGAUAUUACUUUGUCGAAUCAAAAUGGAAAAGAAAUUUCAUUAAAAGAAAUUGCCAAGACAAAUAAAAUCAUUGUUAUAUUUGCGUUCCCAAGAGCAAGCACCCCUGGUUGUACUCGUCAAGCUUGUGGGUUCCGUGAUAAUUACGAUGAAUUGAAGAAAAAUGCUAUUGUUUUUGGGUUAAGUGCUGAUGCGAUAAGUAGUCAAAAGAAAUUUGAAGAGAAACAACAUUUACCUUACGAUCUUUUAUCUGAUCCUAAGAGACAACUGAUUGGAUUAUUAGGUGCUAAGAAAACUCCCCAAUCUGGGACAGUAAGAUCGUAUUGGAUUUUUGUUGAAGGGAAAUUGUCAAUCAAAAGAAUAAAAGUGUCCCCUGAAAUUAGUGUUGCUGAAAGUAAAAAAGAAGUUAUUGAGUUCGCUAAGAAGCUAUCGGAAGCGUAA